CCAUGGAAACACCCACACCUAAUCUCCUUUCAUUCUUUAUCCUCUCUUCUUUAUAUUAACGCAUGAAACAUGCAACCCAAUCUAUUCACUUUGCACUCAAAACCUCCUAUAACUUUACAGGUUUAAGACCCACCAAAUGGCACCAUCGGCUGCGAUGUUCAUGCUCUCCUAUCCUCCUAUUCAGCAGAUAACAACAAGAAUAACAAACAGUUCUAUGCAGCCACAACAGGAACCGGCUCUGCCAGUAGUUAAAUGUCAUCUUCCGGCAAGAAGCUCAUCAGAAAGUUCUGAAAGUUCUCGUUCUCAGUUUAUUCUUUGGCUGUUUGGUGAUCCUGCUACGUAUGACAAGAGGUUCCAACGAGCUGUUGAACUUAGUUGCUCAUGAUGGAGAUUCUUCCUCUACUUUCUUCUUUCUUGUGUGUUAUAAAUGUAACAUAUUAAUUUCUUCUUCCAAAAUCUCACACUGUUCUGUAAUUUUAUACAAUAAUGAAACCGUUGGAAG